AUGGAGGGAGUUCCUCUUUCAUACUCUGGGCUCACACUGCCCUCUAGAGGCAGAAAUGAGAAACUACAGAGUCAGAGAAGUUCAGAAAGGUUUACCCAGCAUUCAGACGGGACGUUGAUAAUCGGCCCUCUGAGGUCCGAUGACUCGGGCGUCUUCACCUGCACGGCGUCCAGCCAGCAGCAGCUGGAGCAGAGACAGCUGCAGCUCAAAGUGCAAGCCGACCUGAAGAUCACCACCGCUCCAAAUAACAUCCAGGUGUCUGAAGGCAGCACAGCUCUGCUGCCCUGCGUGGUGUCAGGAGACAACGUCAACAUCGGCUGGUCCAGAAACGGCGUCCCGGUGCGUCCGGACGGUCGUAAAAUCCUGACGUCGUCUGACGGCAGCCUGAUCCUGAACAACGUGAAGCCUUCAGACGAGGGGACGUACACGUGUAACGCUUACACCGGCAUCUACUCUGUGAGCGCCACAGCCGAAGUCAGAGUCACUAAAGACACACAAGGCGGUGAUGUUCCUCCAGAGUGCGUCGACCAGCCCGAGCUCGCCAACUGUGAGCUGAUCGUUUACACCCGGCUCUGCUCCAACUCGUACUACUCCAGUUUCUGCUGCGCCAGCUGCACCCGGCACUCACAGAGGAACAAAAGGUUCGGCCGACUCGGAUAA